AUGAUGCGUACCCGUUGUGUCGGUGCCGCUGCUCUCCUUUUCGUCUCGUCCGUCUGGGCUGCCUUGACCCCUUCCGAUGUCGAAAAUGCUCUCAAGAAUGCGUCCAUCAUCCCUGAAUACAUUUCCGACUUCACUCCCCAGGGCCUUCUCGACAUUAUAUACAUAGACCCGGCCACAAACAAGUCCAUCUCGAUCAACCCCGGCAAGGCUAUCUCUGUGAACCAAACGGUCGUUCGCCCGCAAUACGCAGUGACGUCCCAGAACACCCCCCUCGGGGGUCAGAACUACGUGCUGAUCAUGUUCGACCCCGACGUCCCAACGCCGGCGAACCGGUCGCUGGCGCAAGUCCGGCACAUGAUCGCACAGGUGCAGCUCGGCAACGACACCACCGCACUCGCGUCCGCGACAGGCUUGGUGCUCACGAACAACACUCCCGCGGUCUCGGAGUACAUCAACCCCCAGCCCCCUCCCGGGGAUGCCCACCGGUACACGGUGGUGCUGUACCACGAACCGGCGUCGUUCGCAUCGCAAGUCGGUCGGUUCGUGAACGCGUCGUCGUCCAUCUUCAAGUUCGACGCGCGCGCGUUCGCGGAGGCUCUGGGGCUCGGGGACCCCGUCGUGAGCAACUUCUUCCUGUCGGGCCCGAACACGCCCGAUGCUACGCCGGACGAGUCAAACUCGACUGCGACUGGGGCCGGGGCAUCGCCAACGAAUAGUGUCACAGGCGCGGCGGGACGGGGUGGGGUUGGGAGUUCGGUUGCGGCGACGGUGGUGGCUGUCGUGGUGAGCCUCGGAAUGGUCGCUUGGUGA